AUGAGCCGGCCGAAGCUAACGGGCCGCUCUCUGUUCUCGAUGGCCUCCGGUGUGAAAGUCACAGAUGAAGUCAUCACCGUUUUCAACGAGAUGAAGGUGAGAAAGGCUCAGGCGAACGAGGACGAGAAGAAGAAGAGGAAGAAGGCCAUUCUGUUCUGCCUCAGCAAGGACCUGAAGAACAUUGUUCUGGACGACGGCAAAGAGAUCCUGCAGGGAGACCUGGGCACCACCGUCCAGGACCCGUACCAGCACUUUGUGAAGAUGCUGCCCCCCGACGACUGCCGCUACGCCCUGUACGACGCCACCUACGAGACCAAAGAGACAAAGAAGGAGGACCUGGUCUUCAUCUUCUGGGCUCCAGAGAGUGCUCCUUUGAAGAGCAAGAUGAUCUAUGCCAGCUCAAAAGAUGCCAUCAAGAGAAAAUUCGAAGGUAUCAAGCACGAGUGGCAGGUGAACGGCUUGGAGGACCUCAAAGACCGGCACACCCUGGCAGAGAAGCUGGGCGGCUCAUCAGUAAUCAGCCUGGAGGGAUCCCCUUUAUAAACGGCGCCUCCCUCAUCUCCGGCUUCGCCCGAAGCCUCUCAGACACAUCUGUUGGGUUUAGCUGUUCAUUCCAGUUUGGUGUGGAGAAGGGGCAAAAGCAGAAUCAGCACUAUUUGCGGGACUCUUGGGGAGGGAAUAUAGCGGGUGGGUCUCUGGGGAUCAAGCGACAGUUGAAAAUAAAAGAAAACCAGAAAAGUUUGAAGAAAAAAAUAAAAAUACAGACUGUCAUUCCAGUUCAUGCAACAUACAGAUUAUGAACAAAACACACACACGAAGGAAAAUGCUUAGAUACAACUGAUGAAGGAUGAUGAAGUUUAAAUACACAUUUGUUCAUGUUUUAAGGAUGGGUUCUGCUCUGUCCGUUCCACUUGAAUGAUUUCAGAGAAAGGGACAGGCAGGGACCUUUUUUUUUGUUUUCCCCCCAACCAUUGAAUCCUGACAAAAUUGUUUUCACUACAUAUUUUUUUUUUUUUUGCCAAACUUCUAGUUGUUUUUUAAGUGCGUGUAGUUGAGACUAGUUGUAGUAGAAACUAAUUCACUCUUGAUUGCACAAACGUUUGGGAUGGGGCGGGACACGGUUAAAUAUAUAUAUUUUUUCUUUGUUAUUCCAUUGGUCUUUUUUCUUUUUAAACAUGCAAUUUGCAACACUUGACUGAUUCCUUUUCAUUUCCAGUCCUGGGCCAGAGAACAUGGCACUUGAUGUAACGAACAGACAACAUUCCUCUUACGUGUUAAAACCAGGAUUUCCUCGAUUUCAAAACUUCGGUGUUAUGAUGGUCUGAUGGGGAGCAAUGUGUAUAUGAAGGAGCAGCGAUCAGAGUUUAGAUUGAAAACUGAACGGUGGAUGUUUUGUAUCGUCUCCCUAUCUCUAAUAAAAAGCACUAAACUAC